AUGAUUGAUAAAGAUAUUAAAAUCAAAUCUCUUGAAUCCGAACUGGAAAGUCGACAAACAUAAGUCUUAUAGCUAGAAACUAAAGUAGCUACUCUAGAAACUCGAAUCAAUUAGAAUGCUGAUGUAUUUGAAAAACAACAUUUUUUUAUUCUAGGUCUUACAAUUACAGGAGAAGAUCAAAAUGUUUGAGAGCCAAAAUUUAAAACUUGUCGAAAAAAACUAGAGUGACGUUGUGGAAUGGAAAACUAAGGAAAGAGAAUUUAAAGUAUAAGUUACAUCUAUAAACUAAGCAAUUACUCAAGUUGAAUCAGGAUGAGCUUGCAAAUGUCAAGGCGGAAUUGGAGUUAGCCACUCAAUAGUUGUCUAAACAAUAGCAAAAAGAUGGUACUGCUUCUGGAAUGGAGUAAACGAUUAGAGAUCUGUAGUUGGAUUGCAAUGAAUUGAAGUCCAUCAACGAGAAGUUGGUGUAGUCUGAGCAUUUACUGAAAUUGGAGAAGGAGAAACUGGCAAAUUAGAUAAAAGACUUGGAACAAGACAAGAAAUACAUGCAAGAUAGUUUGUAGGAUCAGAGAACUCAACACAAUAAAGAAUUAUAAACUUUGAGAGAACAAUUACAAGGAUAUCAAAGUCAGAUAUUUGAAAAGGAUAAAAUGAAUGAGGAACAAUUGAGAAAUCUUACCAGAUUGGAAUAGUAGAUGGAAGGCAAGGCUUAAAACAAUAAGGAAGAGAUUGAACUAGUAAAUAGAAAAUAGGAUAUAUUGUAAUGUGAAAAUGAUAGUCUCAAAAAGGUGAAUGAGAAACAAUUACAGGAAAUGCAAAAUUUGAACCAACAAAUCAAUUGUUAUUCAGAGUAAGUCUCUGAAAAAGAGAAAUAGUUAUAAGAGUUAUAAAGAUAAAUCAAUGCUGAGAAUGCUAAAUUUAUACAUUUGCAAUCGAACAAUUCAGUACUUCAAGCAUAAUUGAAGGACAUAGGAUUGAAAUCAGAAAAGAGACUCUAAGAUAAGGAUGCACAAAUUUAGAAUGCAAAGAGGGAUUACGACAACAGGAUAUCGUAAUUGGAGAUGUAUUACAAUUGUUAUUAUCAUCUAAUAGUGAAAAUGCUACUAUUUUAGAGUAAUUGCAAUUAGUUAAUGGUCAGAAUAGGGAGUUAUUAAUGAAGCAAAAGGAAUUGCAGAUCUAUUAGAAGGAAAAUACGAGCAAAUAACUUGAGAAGGACAGGAAAUUAAUAGAAUAGUUUGAUAGGAUGAGAAAAUUAGAAUAAGAAGUAUAGAGUGCUCUUUUCUAUAGGUAAAAGCCUUGGUGAAAUUAAAUCAAUCUUAUAGGGAGUAAAUAAUAAUACUGGAGGGGGAUCUCAGUAAAGUGAAGGAGCAAGUGAGGAUGUUAUAGAGAGAUAAAUCUGAAUUAAAGUAGUAGUUAGAUUUCUUGAUUGCUUAAUAGAAUAAAAAAGGUCGAUUGAGUGAAAUCGAGUUAUUGAAAAAGCAAGUCCAGGAAUUGCAAACCGAAUUGGGGUUAUUAAAGUAAUCUCAUAAGACAGCGUAGAGUUCGUUGAAAUCUACGAUGGAAUCAGCAGGUUAUUUUAAAGAGAAAUUGAAGAAGUUGGACUUUGAAAACAAAACUUUAUUGGAUUCGAAUAUAAGAUUAGAGAAAUUAUUUUAAGAAUUGCUAGAAACAACGAAAGCCAAAAAGAUGCAGAGGAACUAUUCUGAAGUGGAGACCAAAGUUUAUCAAGGGAAAUUGAUAACAGAGAAUAAUUCAACCCUUUUGAAUCCGAUGACUGAGAGAAUCGCAGCUAAUACCAGUACUAAUUAGAAGUAAAAGAGUGGAGAUGUUCGUUCUCUUUUUAAACGACCAAUCCAAAUAAUUAAGAUUAGAUAAUCGGCAAAGAUGAGAAAUCAGGAUAAUUAAGGCAAGAAUUUGGAGGAAUAACAUACCAUCACAUAUAGGAGAGUGGAGAGCGAGGUUCCUGAGGGGGAGAACUCGUAAGAUUUAGAUAAUGAAGUGUUGUGA